CUUACGUCCCAAGCCAGUCGGGUGUAGCGGCCUCACGUCCGCGAAUAGCCUCCAAGAAUAUAACGCUGUGAGACGUGCCUUGGCACAGCAGAUGCAAGAGGCCGCGUACCUUCAAGCUUCAGGGCAGGACCCAGCAGCCGCCGCUGCAGCUACAGGGUUGGAAGUAGGGACUGACGGCGUAACGGGGUCAUCUUCCUUGGCCGCAAGCUACAACGAUCAUUUGCAGCAGUUGGCGACAAGCCAUUACUUCGAACAACAGAUGGUGCGACCGCCAGAUAGCAAGGGGUACGACCACUACGGCACCAGUGGAGUACCGAAGACAACAACACUUUUGGAAGACCACGACCAACAGUACACGACGGGUACUCCCUUUGACCUGCAUGGACACGCCGCCGGCAGAGGCCUGAUGACGCCGGACUUGAUGACGCAAAUGCUGAGCGAAUACUACGCAGCUGGAGCGGAUCCGACACAAAUGGCAACAUCCACUGAGCAGGCUGCACUGCUCGCCGCGACUGCGGCUGGGUAUAACCCCUUUUACGGGGCGGGAUCGCCCUACUUGUACCAGUGGCCGUAUCAUGGCGGCAUCUCCGUAUCUGCGGAGGGAGAUGUAUCGCAGGAACUUCAGAC